AUGCGCUCAUCCCAGUCUGGAACGCUAACGACUAGUCCGUCACCACCAAAGUCCCCUCCUCACGACUUCACCCCUGAUAUACUCCCCCCCACGCCAUUCCGGCUGGAGGAGGCACCCGUGUACCGUGAUGACUGGGCCCGGCACCACCCCUUCAUCCACCUUCUCUUCCACCGCGACAUCAUCACGCGCCUCGUGUGGUGUGCGGCGGCGUGUCGCUAUGUAACAGGUGGCGCUGACGGGGCCGUGAAGCUAUGGCGGUCGGAGCUGCAGCCCCGCGUAUCCUCGUCGCACGUGAACUCCUUGUACUCUGCGGAACGCCCCGCGCUCAUUCCGGAGAUUCAUGUUGUCACGCUCGGUGGCCCCGUCACCGACUUGCGCACAAGUGGCCGGGAGGUCGGCAACUCCGAGGUGGCGGUGAUCGCCUCUACCGACGGAACGCUGACGCUGUGCCGCACUGGCACAGGCGAGAUCAUCCGCACGUUGCGUGGGGCACGCGGGGAAUCGCUGGAGGGCUGUGGCGCAGUCGCCGAGACAAGAAGAGGCCCCACGCGCGCUGGCUCUGGAAGGGAGGACGCCAUCGAGGACAACGACAAUGGCGCGCUUGGCGAGGGAAGCCGGCAGGUUACUCAAUGCUCUUCCAAAGUUCUGACGUGGUACGCGGCGGACGCGUAUAGCUAUCGCCUUGCACCCUCUUCUGACAUGGCGGUUGUGCGCAGACCCGUCUACACAGUGCGCGCAUACAGAAACGAGGCCCGUGAAGCUCGCGCCAGUCCCUCCAACGAAUACUUCCAAGGCCUGCGCACGGUGGCGCCAACCUACGAACACUUGGCGCCGCACGAGAUGAUGAUCGCAGAUGUGCUGAUGCACUUCAGCGUCGCCCCAACCUCAAUGACCUCCACGCACGCCUCAGCCAUGCCUCGGCAAUGGUACGCGUGCGCCAUCGCGCUCGCCGCAGCGCCUGCCGUGAUUCGCACCAGCAAUAUCGGCGGGUGCGGCAGCGGCGCGUCGUCGUCGUCCCAGUCAACCCUGGAUCCGCUUCUGCUACUCGGUUUCCCGCAGGGCCUCGUGCAGGUCUACGUGCUGCCACAGCGCUGGUUCGCCCUGCACCAGCACGGCGAGACUCGUCUGGACACGCCAGCGGUGCGCGUUCCCGUCUUCUCGGGUCUCCUCCACUCAGCGGCGGUGCUCUGCAUAGAGGUGAUCGUGAGCCGCGACGUGGUUGUCUCUGUGAGUGAAGACGGUACGACGCAGCUGCGACGGCUUUCGUGCUUGCGUGUGCCACUGCGGCAGCUCAACGUAGUCGUCUCGCUGCCCACGCCCAUGUCCCGUGUGCGUCCGUCCUCCUCAAUGCCCGUUCCACCACGAGCGUCGGCGCUGCGGCAGCGCGUUGGCAGCGCCCAUGGUCAUUCGCGGCUUGUCACUUGCUGCUGCGUCGAUGCCGGGCAGCAGUUGCUCAUCACCGGCAGCGCCGAUCACACACUCUGCUGGUGGAGCCUCAUGCUAGGCAGCUCAUCUACUCCAAUACGCAUUGUGUCGUUGCGCGACACCGCGACCACCGUGGUGCCAAAGGGCGGCGCUGACGGCACCCCCUCAUCAUCAUCCAGCCCACCAUCGAUGGCGGCACGAGGCGGCUACCCAGUGGACGUGAGCCUUUUCCGUCGAAAGCUACUCGCAGAGUGCCACGACGAGGCGUCACCGGACGUCGUCAGCUGUGACGACGCAGGUGGCAGUACUUCACUGCCACGCGGCUUCCAGGUAGGUCUAUUUCUGCUCGUGCUGGACACGGAACGCGUUGUGCGCAUCUUCGAUGCCCUCUCGGGCAAGCUCAUCACCCACGAAAUCGAAUCACGGAGCGCUGCCGCUGCUGUGUCGUCUGGAACGGUCGACAGUGUCAGCGGUGUGUCCAAAGACGUGCGUCUGGCCCGCUACGACGGCGUAAACGGUGCUGACCGAGUGCUGCUGGGUGGACUAUGUUUGGUGCCGUGGUACCUCGCCCAUGCGGCGGAGUCUGGUGUGACGCGCGGGCACACAGCGUCGAUCAUAUUCACCGCCUGGUGCGCGUCACUGAAGUGCGCCGUGACAGCGGAUGCGCGCCACGUGCUCUUGUGGCGGCUGCGCACUGGAAAGCAGAGAAACCCUACAGCACAGGUGCUGCGCGCAUGGCACAUCGCGGCUGGCGUUCGAUUUGUUGCCUUGUGCGACACGGACACCGCUGACGACGAGCCCUCGCAUCUGCAGCAGCCGUCCCUGUUCAUUGCGCACGGGUCAGAGCCUGUCAUCGGGCAGUACGACUGCCUUCUCCGCGACUCCUCACAGGAACCCGGUACGGGUGGGCUUUCCCAGCCUCGACUUCUGCGGCAACUGUCACUCCGCGUCGGCACUGGUGUCACCGGCGCCACCGUGGACGCGCUUGCAGCGGUCACUUUGGUGGCGAAGACGGCCAACGUAACCCACGCAGGCAGCGCCGCGGGAGUGGUGACGACCUACGCCCUCGCUGCGUGUCACGUCACGCGUGGAAAGGGUUACGAGGAGUCGCAUGCCGCAAGUGAGGACGGCCGCCUGUAUGUGUAUCCGCUGCGACUGUCGCGUUCCACGACGAGGCCGGAAGGCAGCCAUGCACCUGCGACUAUUGACGGAGCGACGGAGCUGAUUGCACCGGUGCGUGAGCUCCAUCUUUCCGACUGGCGCGCAGACGAUAAAAACAGCAUCGUGAGCGUGCUAGGGCUUCCGUGUGUCGAUCUGCUUGUCGUUGGUGGUCGACGUGUCUUGUACACAGCACCCCUCUCGAGCGCGGCCACGUCUGCAGUCCCGUGCAACCCGCUGCCCCCUGGGUGGGCGGCGGCGCAGCAGCUGAACUGGCGAGGCUCAAACCUGUCCAUGCGGGCUCCCCGACCUGCGGCGGUCUUUCCCGGUCCUCUGAUCUUACUGGAUGACUCGACCAUUCUCGAGACGGCAGAUGAAGAGGCAGAAGGGCAGGCGAACAGUAGUUCUCUGGUCGCGGUGGAACUGGUGGACUCAUCGCUGACGGGCUUCUUGUCACGUCUGGUGCACAUUCCGCAUGACACCGCCGCCUCUACGCCAGACAGUGCUGAGGCAGCCGUGUGUCUGGUGCUGUCCGGCAGCAACGACGGUCUCGUGCAGCUUUGGGACGUGCAGCACGGCCGGGAGUUGUGGCAGUGCCGCGCGGUACCGACGCGUGAGCCGAUUACCGCGCUCGCCGUGCACCAGCACGCCGCACGGUGGCUGGUCGCCGCAGGCGACCAGAGCGGCGUGGUAACGUUGCUCGACAUCACCAGCGUCCUGCAGGCCGCACGCCAGGUGGUCGCUGCAGACGCGCAAGCACGGCCGAGGCCAGCCGCAAGCACCGCUGGGUGGAGCGUGCGGCACGGGCUGGUGGGUGGGGAAGGGCGCAUGCUUGAUCGCUGGCUGGCCCACGCGGACACCGUCUCUGGCGCUUUUUUCACGACAGUGCCAGCUGAUGUAGGGGACGCGGCAGUCACUGCUCCCCAACUUCUCACGACCGGAGAGGACUCUGUCGUUAUGCUCUGGGAGCUGCCGUCGUGGACGUUGCCGUCCGCCCCCCACGUCGCACUAAUCGGCGAGCUCAGCGGCAUUCCACUGUUCCGUCAAGGUGAAGAUGCGAACAAAAGCAAACGCCGCCGCUACGAUGUUCCUGUGCGGGUGCAACCGAGUAUGACGAAGCUGCCGAGGGCCGCCAGGCAGGCGUACGAGCCGUGGCGGCAGCAGUACGUGCGCGAGCGUCUGUUAGGUGGCGAAGAUACGGAGCUCUCGGCCGCCUUGACGCGGUUUUACCUGCACGACAAAUCUUGGGGCGGCACGACUGCAAGCGAGUGGAUGAACGCAGCGCCCAGCGAGGACGAGAGCGAGGAGGAGGCAAAGCUCAUCGAUAGCGCAUGGGCAGUGCUGGCCGCUGACGUCCGCGCAUUCUCACAAUUUGUGGACCCCGUGGAGCCUCAAGGCGACGCACUAGCGGCAGCGCCGCAGCCGCGCACCGUGGUGCAUGCCUGGUGCACGUCCCUCUUACCGGAUGCGACAGCCGAGAUUCCAACAACCACCUUAUCGAGCAGCCCGCCCGCCGCGAAGCACCGACCCCACCGCGACGAGUACAGGGACAGCACGUACCGUGAGUCUGCGACAGUUUCGUUUGUGCCGUCGGGGGCAGCGGGAAGGCCAGCACCGCUCCCCUCCCCACUCAUCUUCGCCUUCGCUGACCGCUGCUGUGCCGGCCGAGCUACAGGCGGACAUCGCUCCGCUCGCCAUUGCCGUUUGUCAGAGUGUAAGGCGGGCGCCUCCUCCGUCCGAGAGCGUCUGCGCCAGGUGCUACGCGUGGUCGUGCAAAACUCGGUCGGAACUGUCUCAUCGCAGUGCACGUCGGGGGCAUUGACAGGGAUGCAGCAGAGGCAAAGCACGCCUUUAGGGCCAUCGUUGUUGCCGUCCGUUGCAGACCCUUUCGCGUCCGCAGAUGAUAAUACGCUGUCGCCGCCACCGCUGCUGCCGGAGGGGGCAUCGUCCGUCAUCGAUUCAAUGCCCUGCAACAUCGAAGCUAAGAACGAGAUGUUAGGGACGCCACCGGCCAGCGCCCCCGCCCCUACGGCACCCGGUGAGUCUUUCUACGGCGUCACACCGAACGGCUUGUCACAGCAAGUGGCGAGACACGGGGCUACGCCGCGGCGCCAGCUUGGCUUCACGGAUGAGAGUAGCGAGUCUCGAUCCACGCAGCCCCCAGUGCCAACGGCGCCUGUUCAAAAUCAGUCGUCCCGUGGGUACGGCGUACACGCACCACUGGUCCGGCGCGCAUCUGCAGACCGACGGGCCGGUGUGACCGCAGAGCACGGUCGCCUCCUCCGCGGCAAAGCACCGGGGAAAGCGCGCCACGCGGCGAUGAGUGGGUCGGCGACGGCUCCGCGUCUGUUACAUGAUCAUUUCGUAGACGCCGACGCCGAUCUGGGCACCGAAGCCAACGCGUCCCACAGGAGUCUCGCUGGCGGUGGCGUUGCGGCGACGGUCAUGCAGCAAGUCAACCACCACCGACGUCGCGAGGAGGCGCUGCAGCGUCUGAUUACACUCGAGCAGGCGGAUUUCGGCACCGCAGGGAAUAAGACAGCGGAGAGGAAGCGCAAACUCUCUGGUGCUGCCGUGGGCCGUCCAGCAGUGCGAAGCGGCACUGUUGCGUUGGGUCUCCCACAGUGCAACAUGCGACAGGCGUCAGCGGCGACAAGCCAGUGGGGAAGGUCGAUGGCGAAGCAGCCAAAGACGCGCAUCGACGGCUCCUCGCAGAAAAGCGGGUCGUCACACGGAGUUGUGGUAAACCCGCCGACGGCUGCACAGGUCCUGGUGUCCGACGCCUACCUCACACCAGUGUUAAGACGUGUCGGCGCCUCCAGCGCUUUAUUGCCGGACCACACGGCGGCUGCGCAGAAAGUCACCACUAGUGUCGCAGCUGCAUCGCUCGGGUCGACGUUGGUGCCGGACUCCGCCAAUUCGGCGUGGUAUGUGGAACGGCAGCGGCGCCGCGACGCUGCCCGUGAGAAGGCGCGUCUGUGGAACUCGCAGAGGGUGAUGAAGACGCUGCUGAAGUGGACAAUGCAGCCGGCGGAAUCCUGCAGCGGCGUCGCAGAGCCGCUGCGCACCACGGAGGGAUGCGUUAAGGAUGGUCACACGAUUGCCCUCGGCACCAAAGCCGCCAUAGUGGCGCACGGCAAUGCCCUCACCACAACGGGCAACACAACAUCGCAGCCGGUUCUCGACCUUCCGCCAAUCCUGACCCUACGCCAUUCGACUGACAGCGCACUCCUUCCCCCUGUAAAAGAGGCGAUCGAGUCGCCCGACGCGGCCGCGGCGGCGCUCACAACUCUCCUUUGGGUGUCGCCGACAACCGCCAUCGAUGUUGCGGUGCGCCACGGCCUACCCUCACGCAAAACCUUGCGGGCAGAAAUGGCUGCUGCGAAGAUGCGUAUGCGGCAAUCCGUGCAGGCCCGAGCCGCUUACCAGCGCGAGCACCGAGCCAUGGCAGUAGAGGCAGACGACGACAGCGACGCGAACGUGGCCGAGGAGCUCGGCAGCGGUGACACCGAUUGCCUUUCUGAAGAGCAGCGUGGACCCGGCAAGGUUGCCAGCGGUGGUGGGGCGAGCCAGCGCUCGCACGAAAGUCAGACAGUGUCGCAUCAUGCGAUUUCCGUCUCUGCCUCCAUUUCGUCGCUAGGAAAGUCCGGGUGUACUCCGCGGCGCGCGCUGCAGCCGCACGAAGGGGCUGAGCCCCGCCGCAUGGCCACUGUGCCGCUGCCCAUUGCCACCACACGCCAAGAGCUCUUUGGCAGCAGCACCCCACGCCGCAAGUGA